AUGCCUCGUCCUAAGCGCAGCAACAAGCCAGCCAAGGAGCGCACCCUCUCGCGCAACAACGCACAGGGAGGGAACUGGAAGGUCAUCGAGCAGACCAACCCAGACUUCUUCAGCUACUACAAGACACAGAAGAUCGUCCCGGAGGACGAGUGGGACGACUUUGUCAAGGCGCUGAGGGAGCCCUUGCCGACUACCUUCCGCCUCACCAGCUCGCGACCAACGGCCCACGCCUUGAACGAGCACAUCAAGCAGGUCUAUGUCCCGUUCCUCACCGGCCUCGAGUACGAGGGCAAGCAGCUCCAGCCUCCGAAGCCCAUCGAGUACCCGAACCAACUCGCCUGGCAACUGCCCGUCCCGAAAUCCGCCCUGCGCAAGAACGACCACAUGCGCAAGUUCCAGCACUUCCUGGUGUACGAAACCGACGCGGGCAACAUCUCUCGCCAAGAAGCCGUCUCGAUGAUCCCUCCUCUCUUGCUCGAUGUCCAGCCGGGCCAUACCGCGUUGGAUAUGUGUGCUGCGCCUGGGUCGAAGAGCGUGCAGAUCCUCGAGGCGCUGCAUGGACCUGCGCUUCAUGCAGGAGCGGGCGACAAGGAUGUCUCCCCGCAAGGGUUGUUGAUCGCCAACGACUCGGACGCAAAGCGCUGCCACCUCCUCGUCCACCAGUCUCUCCACCGCGUUCCGGGAACGGGAAUGAUGGUCACGAACCACGACGCGACGCAGCUUCCGUCGCUCCGGUUGCCCAAGGACGACAAGGUCCUCGACGGACGGCUCAAGUUUACGCCCGAGGACGAGCGCGAGAUGGCCAAGACGCCGAAGGGGCGCGAGCGGGCGCAGAAGGAGUACGACGGGAUGCUGUUUGAUAGGAUUCUCGCGGACGUGCCGUGCUCGGGUGAUGGGACGCUCAGGAAGAACCUCGGGAUUUGGAACGACUGGACCGUCGGGAACGGGAUUGGCUUGCACACCCUCCAACUGCGCAUCCUCCUCCGCGGCAUCCAGCUCCUCAAGCCCGGCGGCCGCCUCGUCUACUCAACCUGCUCGAUGAACCCAAUGGAAAACGAAUCCGUCAUCAGCGCCGCCCUCUCCCUCUGUCCCGAGAUGUCGAUCCUCCCCGUCCCCGAUGCUCUGCCAGGCCUCAAGCGCAGACCGGGUUUGACGAGCUGGGACGUGUUGGAUAACUCGCUCAAGACUGCGCCGAGGCCGGGGUCGAAGGACGCGAAGGCGCCGGAUGCGCCGGAGCAGCCGGAGGAAGGGGUGGCGGUCGAGCAGGACAACGACAAGUCUACCGUUGGCGGAUCGAGGGGCAAGGGCAAGGGGAAGAAGGGUAAGAAGGCUGACGGGCCGAACAACGUCGACAAGAAGGGUCAGCGCAAGGCUUGGACCGAGACGUUGUGGCCUCGCGGCGACGAGAAGGAGAAGGGCCUCGAGCAUUGCUUGAGGCUUUAUCCGCACUUGCAGGAUACCGGGGCGUUCUUCGUUUGUGUGUUGGUCAAGAAGGGGGAUGCGCAGCCGGCGCAGGUGGAGAUGAGGAAGGAGGAGCAGAAGAUGGAGGUUGAGGAGGGCGCAAAGGCGGCGGAGAAGCGCGAGCGGUCGGCGACGCCUACGCCUGUCGACGGCCAGCCCGAGGCGAAGAAGGCGCGUCGGGAGCAGGAACAGGCGCCGGUGGAGGUUGUCGCGAAGGAAGACGACGAGAAGAAGGAGCACAUCAUGGGCGGUGGACGACCGUUCAACGAGGAGCCGUACAUCUACCUCCCGGGACUCGAGGACGAGCAGAUCCAGGUCAUCAAGGACUUCUUCGGCAUCUCGGACUCGUUCCCCGUCUCCGACCUCCUCGUCCGCAACGCAGCCGGCGCCGCCCUCCGUUCCGUCUACCUCACCUCAGACCUGACGCGCAAGCUCCUCCUCUCGAACGCCUACACGCGCAUGCGCCUCAUCUCAUGCGGCGUCAAGCUCUUCACGCGGCAGGACUCGAGCAAAGACGGGACGUAUCGGUGCAAGUGGCGGCUCAACUCGGAGGGCCUCGAGGUCGUCCGACCGUUCUUGGAUGAGCGGAGGAUCUUGAAGGUCGGGAAUGAGACGCUCAGGCAGGUCAUGGAGGAGGUGUCGGUCAAGUUUGAGGACUUGAAGGAGGAGGAUGUGCGCGAGCGCGUGAAGGCGAUGGAGCCGGGAAGCGCGAUCCUGCGCGUCGAGAAGGCCAAGGGCAAGGACAUUGAGAUGGAGGAGGACCUCUACCUCGCUUUCUGGAUCUCCAAGACGAGCUGCAACCUGAUGGUCGAGAAGCUCGAGAAGAGCGCCCUCUCGCUCCGCCUCUACGCAGAAGACGUCACGCCCCACUCAAAGGCCAAGGUCGCCGCCGCCAAGUCAGCAGCCGACACGCCCGCAACGACCGACGCUGAGACUGCCGCCGCGACGGACGCCGUCGAGGAGGAGGACGGCGAGAAGGUCGAGGCGGAGGAGCAGGUCGCGAAGGAGGAGGCGGGCGAGGAGAGUCUCGCUACGUCGGCUGCCGAGGCAGCUUAG